AAGUCUAAUGUGUCUAUGGUAGUAGGCUAUAUCAGUCAGCGAUGGAGUUUUGGCAGCGGAGAGAGUAGCCCAUGUCCACCGGGAACACUUUCCAGGCAGAAGAUGUAGGCCUAGGUGCUUGGAUAUGAGGCAAAAUAAAGCGAAGGUGGCGCUGAAAGCUGGUUGAAUGAUAGCCAAGCUGACUAGCUAGUCCAGGGAACAUAACAUACUGCCACGGCGAUGGAGGGUCUACCCGUGGUUUUGUGGGUUCCAUCCUCGGGUCCUGUAUCUACCAUCUAGGAGAUUCAAUAAUCAUUUAUUUUGGAUCGGAAUGUGUGUUCUUUUUCGUUGUAAACAACAUCCACCAUGUCGGAUCCAAGUUACUGGACCGCAGUGCCAACCCACAACAAGUCUCAUUUUGUAACAGGAUCAAUGCUAAAACGAUCAAAAAGUUGCCGGAGCAGCAACAGGAAGAGUCUUGGCCUGGGGACACCUUCGCCCACUCUGUCACGCCCUCUCUCCCCACUCUCCGUCCACACCGCUGCAAGCAGUCCCAUAGACAGCCCCCGAAAUGUGUCCACCAGUGCCUCCCUCAACUUCCCAUUUGCUCGCAGAGCGGAAGGCAGACGAUGGUCUUUGGCGUCCCUCCCCUCCUCCGGCUACGGAACCAACCCCCCCAGUUCCACGGUCUCUUCCUCCUCCUCUUCCCAGGAGCGCCUGCACCAGCUCCCCUACCAGCCCACUCAAGACGAGCUCCACUUCCUGUUCAAGCACUUCCGCAGCUCAGAGAGCGUAACAGACGAGGAUGUGCGACCCUCGCCGUUCAUGCGCCCUCGCUCCCGCAGCCUCAGCCCCGGAAGAACAAUGGGUUCAUUCGAUAAUGAGGUCGUCAUGAUGAACCAUGUUUACAAAGAACGGUUCCCUAAGGCCACAGCACAGAUGGAAGAGCGCUUGCUGGAUAUCAUCACCGCCUGCUCCCCAGACAGCACCCUCCCACUGUCCGAUGGCGUGCUGGGCUUCAUCCAGCACCAGCUGGUGGAGCUGGUCCGAGACUGCCUGGACAAGUCCCACACGGGCCUGGUCACUUCACGCUACUUUGUGGAGCUGCAGGAGAAACUGGAGAAGCUGCUCCACGAGGCGUACGAUCGCUCGGAGAGCCAGGAGGUAUCUGUCAUCACCCAGCUGGUGAAGAAGAUUCUCAUCAUCAUAUCCCGACCGGCGAGGCUGCUCGAGUGCCUGGAAUUUGACCCGGAAGAGUUCUAUCAUCUGCUGGAGGCAGCCGAGGGUCAUGCCAAAGAGGGCCAGGGCAUCAAGACGGAUAUUCCACGUUACAUCAUCAACCAACUGGGCUUGACUCGCGACCCCCUCGAAGAUAUGGUACAGCUUGAGCAGUAUGAGUCCGCUCCAUCGAUGACAUUGGAGUCUGAUGAGUCUGUGGAGAACAAGGGUCCCCAGGCACUCACCCCGACGCGAAGGAAACCACUGGAGAGUGACUUUGAAACCAUCAAGCUCAUCAGUAAUGGAGCCUAUGGGGCUGUAUACCUGGUCCGACACAGAGACACUCGGCAGCGUUUCGCCAUGAAGAAGAUCAACAGGCAAAACCUGGUCCUGAGGAACCAGAUCCAGCAGGUGUUUGUGGAGCGGGACAUCCUGACCUUCGCCGAGAACCCAUUUGUGGUCUCCAUGUUCUGCUCCUUUGAAACACGACGCCACCUGUGCAUGGUGAUGGAGUAUGUGGAAGGUGGGGACUGUGCUAACCUGCUGAAGAACAUGGGCCCCCUUCCCGUGGACAUGACCCGGAUGUACUUUGCUGAGACUGUGUUGGCCUUGGAAUACCUUCACAACUACGGCAUUGUUCAUAGAGACCUCAAACCUGACAACUUGUUGAUCACUUCUAUGGGCCACAUCAAAUUAACCGACUUUGGCCUGUCCAGAAUUGGCCUGAUGAACAUGACCACUAACCUUUACGAGGGUCACAUGGAGAAAGACACCAGGGAGUUCAUCGACAAACAGGUGUGUGGCACCCCAGAGUACAUAGCCCCAGAGGUGAUACUGAGACAGGGCUAUGGGAAGCCAGUAGACUGGUGGGCCAUGGGAGUCAUCCUGUACGAGUUCCUGGUUGGAUGUGUGCCCUUCUUUGGGGACACACCCGAGGAACUCUUUGGGCAGGUUGUCAGUGAUGACAUCAUCUGGCCCGAUGGGGAUGAUGCUUUACCUGCAGACGCCCAGGACAUGAUCACACGGCUGCUGAGGCAGAGCCCUCUGGAGCGCCUGGGGACAGGAGGAGCAUCUGAGGUAAAACAACACCCCUUUUUCUUACGUCUGGACUGGAACGGGCUACUGCGACUGAAAGCCGAAUUCAUCCCUCAACUGGAAGCGGAGGACGACACCAGUUACUUUGACACUCGCUUAGAGCGUUACCACCAUUUGGCCUCAGAUGAGGAUGACGAAACCAACGAUGAAGAGUCUUCCCUGGAAAUCCGUCAGUUUUCCUCCUGGUCAAACCGCUUCAGCAAGGUGUACAGCAGCACAGAACAUCUGGCCACACCGUCCAACCUGAGCUUCUCAUCGGACCGCAGCCACAGUGAGGACAAGGAGGGCUGGGAUGGGCGUUUCACACCCUCCCCGGGAGGAGACAUUCAGAGACAGGAACGCCAGCACCAAGAUCGCAGGGGCAGCCUGCGCCCUCGGGCCUCGUCCAAUUCCUUCCAUUCUGAGAGGGGCACCAGCCCCCUGGUGAUGAGCAGCACCCACAGUCUGGAGACCAUGCCCCGCUUCGCCUUCUCCACAGACGACGAAGCUGAGGUGGUAGUGUCAAACCUGCAUCGGAUCAGGAUUCGUAGCAACAGCACCGGGGCCAAACACUCUUCCCCCAGGAACCACAGAGCCCCCCAACGCUUUGGAAACCAGCUGGAGACACCAGAUAGACAGACACCAGACAGACCGAGGCUUGGGGGCAAAGUCCCCAAGUCUGCCUCCAUCUCCGCCCUGUCUCUCAUCAUCACUGCAGAUGAUAUGCCCAGCGGCCUCCAGCCCAGCCCCAUCUCUUCGCGCUCGCUCUCCUCCAAUCAUUCGUCCCGCGAAUCGUCCCCCAGCCGCGACCUGUCGCUUAGCCUCAGAAGCCUGCGGCCACCCAUCGUCAUCCACAGCUCAGGGAAGAAAUACGGCUUCACCAUGCAGGCCAUCCGCGUCUACAUGGGCGACAGCGACGUUUACACGGUGCACCACAUGGUCUCGAGUGUGGAAGAUGGCAGCCCAGCCCACGAGGCAGGACUGAGGGCUGGUGACCUCAUCACUCACGUGAACGGAGAGUCCGUGCAGGGUCUGGUCCACACAGAGAUGAUGGAGCUGCUUCUGAAGAGUGGCGGCAAGGUGGCCCUUCAGACUACGGCAUUGGAGAACACGUCUAUCAAGGUUGGGCCGGCUCGAAAGACCAGCCACAAGGGAAAGAUGGCAAGACGCAGCAAGAAAAGCAAAAGAAGGGACAAUCAGGACAGGCGGAGGAGCAUCCUGAAGAAGCUGUCCAAGCAGAGCACGGUGAUUCACAGCAGCCGCAGCUUCAACUCUGGACUGCAGCACCACUCUGUGUCAUCCAGCGAGAGCCUGCCAGGCUCCCCCACACACAGCCUAUCACCUGGCCCCUCCACCCCCUGCCGCAGUCCUGCCCCCGACCACCAGGCUGCAGACACAAACUCUCCACAGAGCACUUCUCCCUGUUCCAGCUCUCCCAGCUCCCCGGCUGCACACAUCCGGCCCAGCUCCCUGCACGGCCUGGGCUCCAAGUUGAGUAUCCAGCGUUACACCAAGGUGGGUCGCCGCAAGUCCACCAGCAGCAUCCCCCCGUCCCCCUUGGCCUGCAACUCCUCUCCCCAGCCUCUGUCGCCCCAGCGCUCCCCUUCUCCCCUCCCUGGCAUCACCAAGACCUUCCACACAGUCCGUGGCAAGACUCUGUCCCCCCCAACCAUUGUCCGCCAUUGUGUGCGCCCCCGCAGCGCAGAGCCGCCCCGCUCUCCCCUCCUAAAGAGGGUGCAGUCGGCUGAGAGGCUCUCCAGCGCCUACCACGUUGACAAGAAGUCGUACCCCCACCGGAGGCACACAUUGGAGGUGCCUUUCCAGGGCGAGGGAGAGGACGUGGAGGUGGAGGGGGUCUGCGGCGGGGGGGUCUCCUACCUCGCGGACCACGGGAGGCUGCUGGGGGGUUACGGGGGCUGCCAGAGGUUGAGGGACUGGGCGGCGGAGCGUUCAGAGCAAUUGGUGGUGAUGAGGAAGCUCAACCUUUCGGAACGCCGUGACUCCUUCAAGAAGCAGGAGGCGGUGCAGGAGGUGAGCUUUGACGAGUCUGAUGACCAGAAGACAAGCCCCACUUUCACCGUGAUGCUCACUGCCCCUGGAGCCAACAGGCUCCAGCAGAGGGCAGCCUCGUGGACGCCCAUGUCCCAACCCAGCGAGGAGGUGACGGAGGUGAAACGCUUCACCCUGGUGCCUCAGAUUGCUGUGCAGGGCUCGACGGAGAGUGAAGAGCAGGAUGACUGGGAGCCGUGCUCAGACGGAGAGGAGGAGGACGGCAAGAGACAGGAGCCCGAAUCUACCGAUAACAACGUUGGCACACAGCAGCUUGUUAAGGAUGUCUCUCUCACGGUGAACGUCUCCAGUAAGGCACCAGAAGCGACAGCUGCUUUACACAAAGAUGCCUCUGAUAAGGUUGGGGAUAACGCAUUAGACUCUAGCCCCCAGAAAGGGAAGCUAAGGAAGUGACAUUUCCUUGAAUCAUUUCAUGCAGCACAUAUCUUCCAAGGAUGCACCUUGACACUCUCACUGUUGAAGGAAGGAAAUGUUUGGGCAAAAGAGUGUUUCUCCUCCGAAGGAACUCAAACGAAUCGCGACAUUGAUUUUAUUUUGUAGAUUUCACUUGAUCCAGGAUAUUGUUUUGUAAAUAUGUAACACUAGGAAAUAGAUUGCACUUUAUUUCCUGGGCUUAUUUAUUACUUUUAUAAGCUAAGUGGAUUUUUGGGGCCAAAAAAGGAAAAUGUUAAAUUGAUAGUGGCUAGCCAAGGUUAAAUCAUGUUUUGUGUCCAUAUAUUUUGUUGUUAUGUCUAUUUUAAAACAUUCUACAGAGUAGUUGCUUACUUCAAAGAAGUGAGUAGUUUGAGAGGAAUUCAUUUUUUACACAUUCAUGUUUUAAUUUAGGCUCGUUUACUGAGACUGAGUGAUGCUUUUGUAUAAUCUCAGACAGUAGUUUUGAAAGUGGUGCUAACGAGCCAAAACGGAUCCCAAAACGGGUACUACAUCAUCCAAUUGUGUACAACGCCAUCAUUACGUUUUUUUUUUGUUGUUGUUUUUUUGUUUACGAAUCCAAUUCAAACAAUAUAUUAAGAAUUUGUUGUGCUUAAGAUCCUGGACGUCUUGAACAGUUUGAAGUAUAUUUUGAAUCAUAUAAAACUGCAGGGCAAUUGUUAUUUGAACAAAUUACAGUGCAUUUGUAAAGUAUUCAGACCCCUUUUUCCACAGUUUGUUACUUUACACACUUAUUAAAAAAUGUAUUUAAUAGUUUUUUUCCCCUCAAUCUACACACAAUACCCCAUAAUGACAAAGCAAAAACUGUUUUUUGAUUUUUUUUUUUGUUGCAAAUGUAUUAAAAAUAAAAAACAUACCUUAUUUACAUCAGUAUUAAAACCCUUUGCUAUGAGACUCGAAAUUGAGCUCAGGUGCACCCUGUUUCCAUUGAUCAUCCUUGAUGUUUCUACAAUUUGAUUGGAUUCUACCUGUGGUAAAUUCAAUUGAUUGGACAUGAUUUGGAAAGGCACACACCUGUCUAUAUAAGGUCUCACAGUUGACAGUGCAAGUCAGAGCAAAAACCAAGCCAUGAGGUUGAAGGAAUUGUCCUAAGAGCUCUGACAGAGAAUUGUGUCGAGGCACAGAUCUGGGGAAGGCUACAAAUGUCUGCAGCAUUGAAGUUCCCCAAGAACACAGUGGCCUCCAUCAUUCUUAAAUGGAAGAAGUUUGGAACCACCAAGACUCUUCCUGAGCAAUCGGGGGAGAAGGGCCUUGGUCAGGGAGGUGACCAAGAACCCGAUGGUCACUCUGACAGAGCUCCAGAGUUCCUCUGUUGAGAUGGGAGAACCUUCCAGAAGGACAAACAUCUUUGUAGCACUCCACCAAAUCAGGCCUUUAUGGUAGAGCGGCCAGACAGAAGCCACUCCUCAGUAAAAGGCACAUGACAGCCCGCUUGGUGUUUGCCAAAAGGCACCUAAAGGAAUCAGACCAUGAGAAACAAGAUUCUCUGGUCUGAUGAAACCAAGAUUAAACUCUUUGCCCUGAAUUCCAAGCGUCACGUCUGGAGGAAACCUGGCACCAUCCCUACAGUGAAGCAUGGUGGUGGCAGCAUCAUGCUGUGGGGAUGUUUUUCAGAGGCAGGGAGUGGGAGACUAGUCAGGAUCGAGGGAAAGAUGAACGGAGCAAAGUACAGAGAAAUCCUUCAUGAUAACUUGCUCCAAUGACCCUAAGCACACAGCCAAGACAACGCAGGAGUGGCUUCAGGACAAGUCUCAAUGUCCUUGAGUGGCCCAGCCAGAGCCCAGACUUGGACCCGAUCGAACAUCUCUGGAGAGAAAAUAGCUGUGCCCCCCCCCCCCCAUCCAACUUCACAGAGCUCGAGAGGGUCUGCAGAGAAGAAUGGGAAAAACUACCCAAAUACAGGUGUGCCAAGCUUGUAUGGUCUUACCCAUGAAGAAUCGAGGCUGUAAUCACCAAAGAUGUUUCAACAAAGUACUGAGUAAAGGGUCUGCAUAUUUAUGUAAAAUAUAUCAGUUUUGUUAUUUUUAGAUAUUUGCAAAAAAAUCUAAGAACCUGUUUUUGCAUUGUCAUUAUGGGGUAUUGUGUGUAGACUGAACUAUUUAAUUCAUUUUAGAAUAAGGCUGUAACGUAACAAAAUGUGGAAAAGGUCAAGGGGUCUGAAUACUUUCCGAAUGCACUGUGGCUAGUUCAAGUUUUAGUUGAUGUGAAGACAUUGUAUUACUAACAAAUGGUAUUAGCUGCCAUAAAACAGAUUUGUUUUGUUUUUGUUCUCUUAACCCAUAUCUUAUGGAAUGAGGGCCUUUCUUCUUUGACAAAUAGCUCUUAUUCCCUUGUUUGCAGGCUUGAUAGUAGCAGGAAAAUGCAGUCACCUUUACGAAUGCUUCAAUUAUUUUGCUAGUUUAUAUUUCUAAGCAUUUUUACCCAAAUCACAAAGAGGGUAUUUCUUCCAAUCUUAUUGGUUUAGUUCGUUUUGAAACCUGCUGAUUAUAUUGCACAAUAUUAUGCCAUAACCUCAUCAUUAUGUUUGUUCAUCCCGACCUCUUCUUUGUUUCCUGGUUUCUCUGUACUGAUUCUGAUGGACAACAGGGUUUAUACCACAUGAUUUCGCUGAAAUUAUGGUAGCAUGGCAAUUUGAGCUUGCUGCCAAUGCUUGUACUUCUAAAGCAUAACUUUAAUCCUAUCAAAUGCUGUCACCUAAUCUCUGUCACAGAGGCAAUUGUUGACAGGAUAUUGUUUUGAUAAGCCACAGAUAGUUUUGCUCUCAAACCGGUUUUUAGGCUACAUCCUAGAAUUCAGCUGUCCAGGUGACACCACCAAGCUAAAGAUAAACCGUUUAAGCUUUCCACAAGAUCCGCUUGCAUAUUUUCAAAUUAUCCUCAAUGCAGCCUUUGACCUUUUAUCUACAUUAGACUCCGAUUUGAGCACAAUGACUAGUGUGCGUGUGAAAAUGUCCAUGCGUAAGAAACCCAUUCCUCUUUCAUCUCCUUCUUCUGUGUGUUGAUGUUUACAUUGGGGUAAAGUGCACUAAGGGAAAUGUAUAUUUUGACAUGAAUUUUGUAAACGACAUAAGGAAGAGGCAACGAUGGAGGAGUGUCACGUACCUUCAGUCAGAACCCAGGGCUUAGAUAUUAGGAACAGAUGAUAGUUUUAUGUCUUUGUACUGUACAUGCAUUUAUGUACAGUGAGGAGAAAAAAGUAUUUGAUCCCCUGUUGAUUUCGUACGUUUGCCAGCUGACAAAGAAAUUAUCAGUCUAUAAUUUUAAUGUGAGGUUUAUUUGAACCUACCAUUAAAAUUAUUUGAUCAACAAAAAAAUCCAGAAAAAUGCAUGUCAAAAAUGUUAUAAAUUGAUUUGCAUUUUAAUGAGGGAAAUAAGUAUUUGACCCCCUCUCAAUCAGAAAGAUUUCUGGCUCCCAGGUGUCUUUUAUACAGGUAACGAGUUGAGAUUAAGAGCACACUCUUAAAGGGAGUGCUCCUAAUCUCAGUUUGUUACCUGUAUAAAAGACACCUGUCCACAGAAGCAAUCAAUCAAUCAGAUUCCAAACUCUCCACCAUGGCCAAGACCAAAGAGCUCUCCAAGGAUGUCAGGGACAAGAUUGUAGACCUACACAAGGCUGGAGUGGGCUACAAGACCAUCACCAAGCAGCUUGGUGAGAAGGUGACAACAGUUGGUGCAAUUAUUCGCAAAUGGAAGAAACACAAAAGAACUGUCAAUCUCCCUUGGCCUGGGGCUCCAUGCAAGAUCUCACCUCGUGGAGUUACAAUGAUCAUGAGAAUGGUGAGGAAUCAGCCCAGAACUACACGGGAGGAUCUUGUCAAUGAUCUCAAGGUAGCUGGGACCAUAGUCACCUAGACUAUUGGUGUAACACUACGCCGUGAAUGCUGAAAUCCUGCAGCGCCCGCAAGGUCCCCCUACUCAAGAAAGCACAUAUACAUGCCCGUCUGAAUCAUUCAGAUGUUCAUUGGCAAACUUCAGAGGACAACUGAUUGAAAGUGUUGUGGUCAGAUGAGUCCAAAAUGGAGCUCUUUAGCAUCAACUCAACUCGCCGUGUUUGGAGGAGGAGGAAUGCUGCCUAUGACCCCAAUAACACCAUCCCCACCAUCAAACAUGGAGGUGGAAACAUUAUGCUUUGGGGGUAUUUUUUUCUGCUAAGUGGACAGGACAACUUCACCGCAUCAAAGGGACGAUGUACCGUCAAAUCUUGGGUGUGAACCUCCUUCCCUCAGCCAGGGCAUUGAAAAUGGGUCGUGGAUAGGUAUUCCAGCAUAACAAUGACCCAAAACACACGGCCAAGGCAACAAAGGAGUGACUCAAGAAGAAGCACAUUAAGGUCCUGGAGUGGCCAGUCUCCAGACCUUAAUCCCAUAGAAAAUCUGUGGAGGGAGCUGAAGGUUCGAGUUGCCAAACGUCAGCCUCGAAACCUUAAUGACUUGGAGAAGAGCUGCAAACCUGGUGGCCAACUACGAGAAACGUCUGACCUCUGUGAUUGCCAAAAAGGGUUUUGCCACCAAGUACUAAGUCAUGUUUUGCAGAGGGGUCAAAUACUUAUUUCCCUCAUUAAAAUGCAAAUCAAUUUCUAACAUUUUUGACAUGCGUUUUUCUGGACUUUUUUUGUUAUUCUGUCUCUCACUGUUCAAAUAAACGUACCAUUAAAAUUAUAGACGGAUAAUUUCUUUGUCAGUGGGCAAAUGUACAAAAUCAGCAGGGGAUCAAAUACUUUUUCCCUCACUAUGUAUUUUUAUAUCGGAGUCUGUUAAUGCCAUAUGCAUUAUUAUUAUACUUAAUAUUAUUAUAUUUUGGAGUAUACCAACAUACCAGUUGCACAAGCGAUGUGAACAACAAUGGCUGUAAAAAUGUGCCUCAAGGAUGAAGCUGGUUGGGGAAUCACAUCAGUAUUGCAAUGCAUAUUGUACAAUUAGUGAUGUUGUGUUGAACACCAUCAUUUUGGGCCUUUUAUACACUACAGUAGUUCUGAAGGUUGAUAUUGUGUCCAUUUUUACUUGCUGUUAUGUAACUGUCUGUAUAUAUCAAAGGUUGGCGGAGGGGGGUUCUUUCGAAGUCUCAACAGAUCCUCAAAAGAGGUCUAUAUUUUCAGAUUUGAUGAACUACUCAGAAGUCAGUGGUGGUGAAAUGGAAUUAUACCCAGGACAUGCUAUCUCGCAAAGCCGGUCAGAAUUGUUUACAACGAACAUGCUAUGUACAAUAUGAACAAAUGGUAUUUUGUAAUCCUGUGUUUCUAUGUACUGUGUAGGUAUUGUAUUGCAGUCUGUGCAUUUCAACACUACACCGUUUUAAAGGCUUUACUCAAGUACCUUUUUGGAACUGUAAAACUUCCGAACUGUUCUAUAAGAAUACAUUAUGAUGCAUUUUCUCUUGUUUACACCUUUGUUAGCUGCAUGCUGCAUGAGACAAGGACACAUCAUACUUGAUUGCAUGGUACUCUGGGUUUAUAUAGCCCGUGCUGGGGUUUCCACAGUGUGUCUAAUAGAGCAUUUGUGUGCAAAGUCAACUUUUUCACUUUCCUCUGACUCCUACUCAUCAUACCCUGAACCACAAAUAGACAACUGGUCUGUUUUCCUAAUAGUUGUAGGUCUUUUUCUGUGUGUACUGGGAUGAAAUCUUCCACUCUCGGGAUGUGUAUGUCUAAUGUUUUUCACUUUCUCACCACUGUGCGGUAAAAUAAUCUCUUUCGUCAUCUACAUCAUAAGGGGGAUGCAUGUGGUUCAUCGAGGGCUGGGAGUGAAGCUUAGACGGUUAGGCUACGCAUAGCCCAUUUGUCUACAGUGGUUUGUCUCUCUUGCAUUUAACCCUCAUUUUAACACAUUUUCCAUUUUGUCUGCUCUCAGAACGCCUCUAUGCUGACUUAGUUGUAGACAAGGGUACCUGUACACAUUGUCACACACUUACAGGGUCAAAUGGACACAUAUGCAAAAACAUGUCCACAUUCAUUCUUUCCCUUUUGUUUAAUUCUGUGAUUGGGUUAGAAAUACUGGAGGUACAGUGCUAAUGUCCAUUUUAUGUGAAUAUGGAGAGUAUGGAGGUGUUCAUAUUUGUUUCAUUUGAAGCCAGUUUUGUCUGACUAGUUUUUCUUUUUGUGGUUCUAACUGUAUGGCCUAGCGCCCUAUUCAAACAAAAGCAAAUGUUGGGUAAAUAGAUGGCUAGGAUGUGAAUAUGCCUAUGGUUGGGUUGGACUAUUGAAUGUGUUUGCCGAGGAGUGCUUGUGUACCUGAGAAUCCGAACAAUUUUGCAAGCUCACAUCACUUUGCCUCGUUUGAACAUCUGUCUGCUUUUGUUUGAGUAGGGAUGCCGGCCAUCCUUGGUACAAGUGUCAAGAUUGAUCUAUUUUGUGUUUUUACUUGAUGUUUCCAAACGGUUUUAUAAUAAAUUGUUUCCGUAUGGCAUUUGAUAUUGAAGGCA